CCCCCUGCCACCACAUUCAACAUUGAUUUCCUCACCAUUUCUCACUUUUCAGGGUGUUGGCAUAAAAUGGAAGAUGAGGAGGCCUGUUCUGAUCAGCGAGUAUGUAUACAAGGCAAGUCACAGGUCAAGACUUCUAAGACAGCUCCAGUCACCCAUGAGAACCAUCUCUGUAAGCGGUGUUUCUCUGUGUUACAACAUAUUUUGCACCCGACUGGGUCACAUGCAGCAUACUUUGAGCAGAAAGCCUUCUAUAGCCACGCAUGUGUUGGAGAAUUCUGUUUCAGUGUAAACCCUCACCAGCAACAAAAGAAUGAAUGUGGAGAGGGGCCCUGGAAAGAAGCUAUGGACAAGGCCUCUUUUGUGAACAGGUGCAGCUUCUCCUUAUCUUUGGUGCCUUCAACCAGCAGGGAGGUUGGGGAAGACUUGCAGUCCAACUCAGAGCUUCUCUGGCACCAGGCCAUUCUCAACACUGAGGAGCUACAUUGUGGCAGUGAGAUUUCACAGGAAUUUCUCAGUGGAAAAAGUCAUCACCAGUGGGAUGAAUGUGAAAACGCUGCCAGCCACAACCUGAAAGUUGUUCAGUGUCAGGGUGUGUGUUCUGGAGAACUGAUUUAUGAGUGUAACAGAUGUAGGAAAGUGUUUAGACGAAACUUUAAUGUCGUUCAACAUAAGGGAGUUCACACUGGAGAAAAGCAGUAUCAGUGUAAUGAAUGUGGGAAGUUCUUUGGAAAAAGACCUUCAUUCAUUAAACACCAGAGAGUUCACACUGGAGAGAAGACAUAUGCGUGCAGACAUUGUGGGAAGUCUUUCAGUUACAAGUCUAACCUCAAACAACACAACAGAGUUCACACAGGAGAAAAGCCAUUUAAGUGCAGUGAAUGUGGGAUAUCCUUUCGUCAAAAGACCCACCUCACUGAACACCUCAGAGUUCAUACUGGACAAAAACCAUAUGAGUGCAGACAUUGUGGGAAAUCCUUCAGUUCCAAGUCUUACCUCAAACAACACAACAGAGUUCACACAGGAGAAAAGCCAUAUAAGUGCAGUGAAUGUGGGAUGUCCUUUCGUACAAGGACUCAGCUCACUAGACACCUCCGAGUUCACACUGGAGAGAAGCCGUAUGAGUGUCAAGAAUGUGGGAUGUCCUUUUGUCAAUGGGCUCAACUCACUAGACACCUCAGAGUUCACACAGGAGAAAAGCCAUAUAAGUGCAGAGAAUGUGGGAUGUCCUUUCGUACAAGGGCUCACCUCACUAGACACUUCAGAGUUCACAAAAAAAAAAUGUGGGAAGGCUUUUAG